AUGCGCCUCUCCGUUGGUCAAAUCUUAGCCGCUCUUCUUGCAGUUGCCGCUGCUCCCUGCGCAGCUGCGCCAACAGAGGAACCAUCCUGGAUGGAUUUAUUGGCUUCUUUCGAAACAGCGAAACCCACGGACUUCUUUCACUUAGGUGACGACGGGGUUCUGAGACACUUCAACGAAUCGGGCGCUGUUCUCGAAUAUGCACCGCUCAGCCCGCAGCAGAUCAGCCAGGCACUUUCCGAUACAUCGUCGCUCAACACCGCGGAAGAAAAGGAACAUCUUUCCUUAGUAUUUGAAAACGUGGAUGGUCGUGAUGUCAAGGGUCUGGCGCUCCUAAAUCCUCCGGCGUAUAUUUAUCCAGCCGGUUUCCUCGCCAAUCGAAAACCAGCAGAAACUUCGGAAGUUCCGCGGUCUGACCUCAGUCUAAACCCAAGGCAGCAUUGUCCUUCUCGCCGUUGCUUUCCCGGGGAAAACUGUGGAAAAUAUCCAGGCUGCACACAUUGCGUCGUUAAAGACAAGCUUAAGCAGGGGUCGUGUGUAUAG